AUGAUCUCCAAGCUUUCCUUUAAAGGUGAAAAGCCCACGAAACGCAAAGCAAAAACUGAAAAUGGUUCUCGAAAGAAAAAAGCUGUUGAAGAAUCUGUGGCAAAACCUGCGGUUCCAGUUGUCAACCCAAAAUCGUGGGUUUUUGCACGAGAUCCGGCUGACAUUGCAGGGCCCAUUGUAUUUGCAUCUUUUUUGAGAAAAGACGUCCCGCUAUGCUUAAAAGUUUCCGAAGAAGGCCGUGUAGUGCUCAGCCACCCACUAGAACAUCCAGAUGAGACCAACAUCUCACCAUCAGCCAUCGAGCCUGAGUCUACGCGUCAGGUAUUUGUAGUCCAACCUGUUGUUUUUGGAGAAAAGGGUUUAGCUGAUUCCGAAAUAAUGACAAAAAAAUCAGCAAUAGAUAAUACAUCAAAAAAGGUUGCGUUUAAAUCCGUCCAGGGAAAAUUUCUUGCUACAGAUAAUCAAGGUAUAGUAACUGCAAAAGCCACUGCAAUUGGUGCACCACAAACGUUUACUGUGAUACGAGCAGGUACACUGAUUGGGGCACCUGUGUGGCGUUUGUGCAACACAUGGGGGAAAUACAUACGGGUUGUUCCUUUGAAAUCCAAGGACGGUCCAGGGUAUGGCAUUGAUGCGUUGGCUGAAGAAGAAGAAAAAGAAGACGAUGAAAAUGAAAAUGAAAAUGAAAAUAACGAUGGGGCCAGUUUAUUUGUGUUACGAGUCCAGGCCCAGUACCAAAGUGAGUACAAGCAACAGUUUGCACGGGGGGCUACAACUGCAGUUGCAGGAAAAAGUCUGGAUGAAGACUACAUUUCAUCUAAGGUUUUACGAGAAAAGGCAGGUCGGGAGUUGACUCGAGAAGAGAUUAAAAUGUUAAAGAAAGCGCAUACUGAUGGUCGGCUUAACGAGGCACUACUUGACUUGCGUCAAAAAUCCAAGACUGAUACCCGAUGUUAUUAA